AUGUUCAUCGGCGGUCUGAACUGGGAGACUACUGAAGAUUCUCUCAAGGGCUACUUCUCACAAUUUGGUGAGGUCAGCGAGUGUACGGUUAUGCGCGACUCUGCUACUGGCCGAUCUCGAGGUUUUGGUUUCCUUACCUUCAAGGACCCUAAAUGCGUCAAUAUCGUCAUGGUCAAAGAGCACUAUCUAGACGGCAAGAUUAUUGACCCAAAGCGGGCUAUUCCUCGUGAAGAACAAGAACGAACCAGCAAGAUCUUUGUCGGCGGUGUCAGCCAAGAAGCAACAGAGGAAGAUUUUACAAACUUUUUCAAGCAAUUUGGGCGUGUCGUUGAUGCCACACUCAUGAUGGACAAGGAAACGGGCCGCCCUCGUGGCUUCGGUUUCGUUACCUUUGACGGCGAUGCGGCAGUAGAUGCCACACUACGCGGCCCACUCCAGAUUCUCGGCAAGCAAAUCGAAGUUAAGCGCGCCCAGCCUCGCGGAAACAUGCGCGACGACGAUGGA